UUUUCAGCGAGUUCCGUUGGCUUGAGUCAGGCUGGAUUGCUAUGGCUGUUUCUCCUUAUGUGCAGGCCAUGCAGGAGCUGUUCCGAGCUAACACGCGGAGCCGUGAAUUCCCUGCGCACGGGGCCAAGGUCCACUCGGUGGCCUGGAGCUGCUGUGGCCGCCGUCUUGCCUCCGGCUCCUUCGACAAGACCGCCAGCGUCUUCGUGCUGGAUAAAGACCGGCUGGUUAAGGAAAACAAUUACCGUGGCCAUGGAGAUAGUGUGGAUCAGUUGUGCUGGCAUCCCAGUAACCCAGAUCUGUUUGUCACGGCAUCUGGUGAUAAAACCAUUCGUAUAUGGGAUGUCCGAACCACUAAGUGCAUUGCCACAGUGAAUACGAAAGGGGAAAACAUUAAUAUCUGCUGGAGCCCUGAUGGCCAGACUAUUGCAGUAGGGAAUAAGGAUGAUGUGGUCACAUUCAUUGAUGCUAAGACGCAUCGGUCCAAAGCUGAGGAGCAGUUCAAGUUUGAGGUGAAUGAGAUAUCUUGGAACAAUGACAACAACAUGUUUUUCCUCACCAAUGGCAACGGUUGCAUCAACAUCCUCAGGUACCUUCACCAUGGCCUUUUCUAG